UGCUACAUUAAAGACAUGAGAGCUGUUUUCUGGAGAGGUUCACACAGGAGGCAGCGGUGUGAUUCGUUGCUCAGCCUGCGCACAUUUCUGGACGUGAGAGACUCGGAGCUGUUCAUUUCAGUCUGCUCCGCUCUGAGCCCCGCCAGGCAGCAGGUCGCUGCUGCUGGGAGGAGGAGUGUAGAGAGCCGCCGCGGCGCGAAGCUUCAUGGAUGUUUGCAGGAAGGUGCCAAAGUCAGUUUCCCUCGACAGACGUCAGCAGCACCAACCUCUGCUGAGGUCAGAGGUCACACAACAGAAAACAUGGCGGCUUCCAGUAAAUUGACCGUGGUGUUGAAAGCUGUGAAGAACAUAACAGCCCAGUUUUGUCCGUUUGAAUCAAAUGUCGGGUCAACACGGAUGUUUCUGUGCGUGAUGAGCUCACAUAAGGUCCGAGCUACCAACUUGAACUGUGAGGUGAUCGCCACAGUGAAGCAUGACGGGUCUGAACCUGUAGUGGAAAUCACUUACUUGGACGGAGAUAAGCUGAUAUUGAAGGGAGCGAAGCUGAACUGCAGCGAGAUGCUGAGUGCGUUUCAGUCGAUGUGCGCAGCCAAGGAACUACAGGCAAAACUCGCAGCAGCAAAGAAAUAAUAUGUGUUGAAUUUAUCUGUGAUCUUUGUAUAUUCCUGGAUGUUAAAUAUUAAAGUAUUUCAUAAAUGUG